AAACUCUUUACAUCCAUUAUUGAAUAUCAGAUUUCAUAUUCAUUGAAAAUAGUUGCUGAUAUUCAUUGUUUUGAUAAAGAAACAUUAUGAACGAUAGUUUGAUUGCAGUUAAAACGAUCAAUCCAACAUGGAACGAAAAACGUCAUAAAUUUCUAAUAAUUUUAAUAGUUUUUGGAAUGAUUUCAAAUAUUGUUCUCAUAGUUAUUGUAUCUCUAACAAAGAGUUUAAUUAAAAACAGUUUCAGACGUUCAUCACGAAAAUGUGGUGAAAUAACAAGAUCAAGUGAUAAAUCUCUUCCACCAAAACAUAUACUUCAAUCUAUAAUAUUAUCAAAAUGUUGUACAAUUUCGAACGAUGAAAAAGAGUUCAUCAUUCGAUCCAAGUCGACACAUUCCUGUUGUGAAUUUGAAAUGAAUUGGGGUUGUUGUUAUUACAAGACUCAAUGUCAUAGUCAUUGUUUCUCAACUUCAUCUAUAGUCACUCCAGUACCAACUACUAUAGAGUUGAAUAUUUUAUCAAGUCAUCGAAAUAGUAGUUAUGCUGAUGAUUCUGUAACAGAAAUUCCAGAAAAAUCAGAAAAUCUAUCUAUUAAUUCAAAAACAAAUUUAGAUCAAUACAAGUUAAAUCAACCAUGUGAAAUAAAUAAAUCUUUUUUUCGAAAUACAAAUCAACACUUAACAAACUAUGAACAAUAUUCCAAUUCUAAUAUGAAUGAAUCAAAUUUAAGUGAUAUGAAAUCAAAUCAAGAAUUAACACUACCUAGUACAUCAAUCCAUUACUGUCAUAGAUCUUUAUCUUCAUUUCCUAAUGAACAAACUAUUCCAGAUCUUGAACAUACUGCAUGGUAUAUUUUAUGUUUUUUAAUAGAAAUUUUAGCAUUUGCACAAAUUGGUUAUUUACUAUUUGAAGAUCUGUUACCAUGGAUAUCAAAUUUAUUAAUAUUUUAUUAUAAUUUUAAUAUUAAAUUAAAAUUAAAUAUUAAUUGUCGUUUAAAACGUAUGUUUGGUACAUUUUUUUUAUUAUUUGAAGAAUGGUGUCUAUUUCUAUUUGGUAUUGAACGUGUUUAUAAUAUUUAUUUAUUAAAUCACUAUGGAUUCAAUAAAAAUACCCAAUCAAUAAUGAAUGAACGUAAUCGAUAUAAAUUACAUUUAUUAAGUAUAAAAAUUUGUACAGGUUUAUUUAUUGCAAUUAUAUUCUCUGCAUUAUGUAAUUAUUUAUGGGUAUUUGGACAAUUUCAUUGGAUUAAUUCAAUUCAUUUAAUGAAUCAAACAUAUAAUAUCACAUUGAUAGAAACGGUUACAUGUAAUGUAAGAUCAGAAUAUUUUAAAUUUUAUUAUUCAUUUCUUAUUUAUUUAGAUCCAUUAUUUUCAUUUAUUAUACCACAUUUAUGUUCAUUAUUAUUUAUUCUGAUUAUUCUAUUACAUUAUUGUCUUCAAUUUAUUUAUCGACGAGUUCAAAGAAAUUCUACAAUACAAACAACUAAAAUAUUAAUAGAAGAUGAUUAUUUCAAUAGAUUAUCAUCUUAUAGAAGCUUUAAUACUUUCUAUAUAAUGAUUGAUCAUUUGACAACAAUCAUAUAUCUUCUUGAUAGUAUUAUUAUUGUGAUAUUAAAAUUAUGGCGUAAUAUUGAAAAAUCAGUAAUGGUAUAUUUUCAUAUUACAUUCAAUAUGAAUUAUUAUAUGAUUAGAAAUGAAUUGUAUCAUUUAGAAUUAUGUUUAAUACCUGUAAUAACAAUAAUAAUUUAUUUAAUAUUUUAUUAUAAAAUAAGAAAAUAUUGUAAAUAA